UGGGAUUAAUAAAGUAUAACUUAACUUUGCAAACUGACUUGUUGCAACGGCGGUAUCCUAUUACAGAACCACACUUGAAUUCAAUUCUUUAGAACUCUUUAGAAUGACCCAUUCUUUCACAAAUGUUUGUAAAGGCAGACUGUGUGGCUAGGUGCUUAAUUUUAUACACCUGUGGCAAUAAAACUAACUGAAAUACCUAAAUUCAAUGAUUAAGAGGUGUGUCCCUACACUUUUGUCUAUGUAGUGUAAUUUGUAAUCACUGCUACUAAUUUCCUACUGUCCCAACAUUUUUGGAAUUGAGUUUGUAUAUAAAGUUUACAGCUCACUCAGAGGAAUAGGACACAUGCUGCAAAACGUUAAAUAUUGCCAAAAAGGCUUUGCAACCAAGUAUUAAUAUGAAUAUGAGGUGUCUGAAUGCUUUUUUCCUAGCAAAUUUUUUUUUUCAGUCUUCAAACGACAUUGUUUGUCAAGAUGAAGUGGUACAUGCACUGGACAUUCAUCAAAUAGCAAAACCAAAAGUGUGUGAAUACUUCUUUCCCCUCACUGUGUAGAGCAAAAUUUAUGACCAGCAAUAUGUUUGGACAACCUUGUUAAGGAUUAUAUGAUGGGCGCUUAUUAAAUAGCCUGCUCCGAGUCUGGUCAACAGAACUGCAUCUACAUCUGUGCAGCAAGCGGAUGAUGCCGGUUCAUCCUCAGCUGGAUCCCAGCCCUCUGUGACAUUUUCCUCAUCCACUUCUUCCUGGUGCUUCCAGUUGCAACGACAGUUGCAAGAAAACCACAGCAACUCCGGAUCUCUUUUAGCUUUGCAUUCCUCCUCUAGUGUUCAACGGCUCUUAAUGGUGUAGAAGGAUUAAGUAAUCUAUGCUCAUCCUGACUCUUCAAGAUUGUUUUACAACUUUAUUCCACGUCACCGGGUCCAUAUUCAGCUUUCAUUGAAAAGAGCAGCAGAGCCAAAAGACCAUGAAAACAGCAAUGCUUGUCCUACUGAUGAUGUUUGACCUACCGAGUAGUAGUUCAAGUGAAGUGGUUGGAUCUCAUCCUCUGCUCUCGUUGGUUGAAACUGGAGAACAGGUGAAUGUUACCUGCACAUCUGGUGGAUGGUCAAGAGAGCCCACCCUCACCUGGAGAGACAAAGGAGGAAGAGAACUCAGAAGCAGUGCUGAUCAAUAUAAAACAGACUCUGAAGGGUUGGUGAAUGUGAGCUCUUGGCUGCUUCUCUCUCCCUCGGAGUCAGAGUGGAUCUCCUGUUCCGUGGGUUCAUCUGAUCAGACGAGAGAGGGAAGAGUGCUGCUAUUCAAACCUGCUACUGCAGUGCUAAAACCUGGAGUUUCUUCAGGAUGGAGAGCCUUCACCAUCUUGCUGGUUAUCAGUCUGUUGGUUUCCACUGUAAUGAUGAUGAUUAUGCCCACGAUUAGAGGCAGCAUUUGUCCAGAAGACCAAAAAGACCCAUCAGAGGAUCCAGAAACAGUUAAGAUAGAAAAUGCUGCAGAAAAUAACACUCAAGUUGCAGAAAAAAUUGACAAGGCAACAAAUACAGAAAAAGAAAUUCCAGACUGGGAAAAAAUGUAUGCGUGUAAAGUUGCCAUCAGACCAGAUGCAUCAAAUACUUCUUUUCUGGAAGUUGGCAAGAAAAAGUCAAGAGUAACAUGUACGUCAGACGUCCGUGAUAAGACAGCAUUCAUUCAUGCUCUGUGUGAAGAGAGAAUCAGUUCAGGGCGGUACUACUGGGAGAUAACGGCACUGACAGAACCAACGAAAGGCGCAGCCUAUAAGUGUCCAACAUCCUGGUAUGUUGGAGUGACCAAUGAAACAGCAGAGAAGAAGAAAAAAGUUCCUUUAACUCCACAGAACGGCUACUGGGUUCUUCACUAUGAGAGAGAGACAGGUUACUAUGUUAAUGACCCCUCUCAGACUCCUGUUCUAGUGAGAGAUCGGUUCUCAAAGCUGGGGGUGUUUUUAGACUGUGAGAAACACAAACUGUCUUUUUACGACUGUGAGAAACAGACACAUCUCUACACUUUCUAUGAUGUACCUUCAACACCUCUGAUUCCAGUUUUGAGCCCUGGAGACAAAAAACAACAUACAGUUAUGAUAUGUCAAGAAAAAUGUGUGAAAUGUGAUGAACGCGGUGCAGUGCAAAAAGACAAAGAUAAAGAGCUCAGCACGGAGAGCAAAAACAAAGAAGCUAUAAAUAUAACAGUCAAAGAAAAACAAACCAAGAAGACAGUAACCCGUUCUGCAGAGUUCAAGAGCGGUCUGUCCAUCGGGAAUACUAAGGGAUUUCCUGUUGACUUGACCUGUAACUUAGACUGGACAGAGACGUCAAACACUACGACACAAGAUGACAUUACAGAAUAGUGAAGUCAUAUCCAUUCAUAAAUGGACGAAUCCUCUCUAUCCUGCUUUGUAGUCUAUCAUGCAUUUAAUUAAUAGAGAAAUAUAGGAAAAGGGUGCUGUACUGAGAGCAGGUGCAUGAACAGGGGCUACAUGUGGUUGUAAUCUAAAGCGGUUAUAAUCAUAGAUAUACACACCUAGAUGCCGUGUUGGGUCCAACCAGGCACGUCAACAUUUUGGGGAGGUCAACAUCGCUGCUGGACACUGUCCAAAAUUCCACUAUUUGUGUGGUUGGUGAGGCAGAGAACCUACUGAUGUGAAUGUUGUUUGUCUGAUUUUAUAUUAAGCUUAUUUAAUAGUUUAUUCAAGAUAACUUAAUGUAGUAAUGUAUUUACAGUGAUAGUGUUGUAGCAGUAAGUUAUAGCAUUAAUUAAUCUGUGUAGAUAUUCAUAAUAGAUUAACGUUAGCACCUUGUUACACAAACUGAUGCUAGGGUCUUAUUUGCCAGCUUCUUGUUAGAAUUUUCCCAUUCCACCUUAAAUGGUGCAGCUGUCACUUUCUGGUUAAGGUGGACAACACAGAGGUUCAACAACACAGAGGUUCAACAACACAGACAGACGGUUUCCUCCGAGUCCGUCCGGCUCUUUAUUCUAGAUAAACAGUUUCCAGCUCAGCCGUUUCUGCCGGUUCUUACACUAAUACCAGGCUGGUGCUGAUGAGCAGGAGAGACGGGGAGGCUGAGUGCUUCUUUACGGGGGAAUUGAUAUGAAAGUUUAACUCCACAAACACCUCAACGCCCCUCAUUUAACACCAGGAGGCGCUGCUUACAUUCGCAAAGUCUUUGGCCACAAUAUUGCAGUCUUUCCUGGUAUUAAUGCCACUUUAACGUCAUAAUUCUACGACUUUAUUCUCAAAAUAUUAUGACUUUAUUCUCAAACUACCAUUUUUAUUAACAGCGGCCCUAAAACACUUUAGUAGUUUACAACAGAAGCAGAACGCAGAAAUGUUCUUUCAGAGCUGAAGUCAAUACCUAAGCAUAACUUGUUGGUGCAGUGGCGGUCAAGUCUUCUCUAGCUAUGAGCAACUUAACAGUUUAAACCAUCUUAGUUAAGACCUGUUGGUGCAACCAGUCCCAGAUGUAGGUAAACGCACAAUCUUAACAGCCACCAACUGUCCACUGCCACGGUGUCAAAAUGGGCUGCACUGGUCAAUAGAUUUGUGCCACAAAAAUGCAUCAUGUAAACAGAACUGAGCCUAACAGAAGAAACACAUCAGAGACAGUCUAAUUAGCCAGCUAACUAGCUAAGCUACUCAAACUACAAAAACAGCAAAACCGAUAGCUGGAGGAAGGGUGGAGCUGAGAGGGUGAGGGGAAGACAGAUUCACGUUUUUGAGGAAGAAGCCGCUAAUACUCGAUCACUGAUACAGCCAGUGACAUAUACAGUGUGAGUGAGGAAGGA